GGACUUUGUAGGAUGGACGUUGAGAUUUAUAAGGGCACGGGGUGACCAAUAAGGUCUGAAUUGGCUUGUAAUAAGCUAGGCGCUGAAAAUGUGUUGACGGGUAUGGUAAUAAGAUAUACGUUUUUUUCUUAAAAGCCACAGUACAAAUGUGAGCCCAUUGAAAUAAAAGUUUAAUUUGUAUUUUCAUAAAAUGUAAUCUUCGGGAUAUACAGUACCAGGUGAUUAAUAAAUCUAAAAAGCCACAUUAACAAUGAUUGUUGCCACUGCUGGAUGAAGGCCUCCAUUCAACACGGUCCAAUUGCUUGUUGCCAUCUCUUCUUGCACAAGGAUUACAAUAUACAGUACAGUACAUUGCACGUGCAGUAUAUAGUACUGUUGAUGGUUUACUUUCCGUGGCGGUCGUUCCCAGAUAUGUUCCUUCCUUUGGUUCUCAUGCAGCAAUCAACAUUUCUAGCGAAGUAAACUAUGGAGCAAUUCCAAGCCAAUGGUCAGGCGGGAGAGCAAAUGAUCGUUCAAAGCCAAUUACAGCAACAGGCCACCAAUGUAGCCACAGUGCAGAUUCAGUCGCCGACGGGCAGUGGGCCGGCACAAGUACAUUCCGUGCAGCCUUUAAUGGUGCAGGUGAGCGGUGGGCAACUCAUCACAUCCACGGGGCAACCAAUCAUGGUGCAGGCCAUGGCUGGACAAGGCCAAACCAUUAUGCAGUUGCCUGUGUCUGGAGGUCAAGGAAUCCAGCAGAUUCAGCUGCUGCAGCCGGGGCAGAUACAGAUCCACGGAGGGCAAACCCUGCAGGUACAGGGGCAGCAAGGGCAACAUCAGCCAAUCAUCAUCCAGCAGCCCCAGACUGCUGUCACUGCUGGCCAGACACAGGGACAGCAGACGGUGACAGUGCAAGGCCAGCAAGUGGCACAAACAGCGGAGGGGCAGACCAUUGUCUACCAACCCGUUAAUGCUGACGGCACCAUUCUGCAGCAAGUGGCAGUACCCGUUACAGGUGUGAUCACCAUCCCGGCGUCCAGCCUGGCCGGUGCCCAGAUCAUGCAGGCGGGGGGCAGCCCGGUGUCCACGAGCACCAACAAUCAGGCCAUCACCGUCACCUUGCCCGUGUCUGGAAACGUCGUCAACGCUGGAGGCAUGGUCAUGCAAGUGGUACCGGGAGCAACGGGACAGGUGCCACAGGUCGCCCACCGUAUCCCCCUCCCGAGCGCUGAACUGCUGGAGGAGGAGCCCCUCUACGUGAACGCGAAGCAGUACCACCGCAUCUUGAAGCGCAGGCAGGCACGCGCCAAGCUCGAGGCAGAGGGCAGAAUUCCCAAGGAGCGCAAGAAAUACCUGCACGAGUCUCGUCAUCGGCACGCCAUGCAGAGGCAACGUGGGGAAGGAGGGCGCUUCCACACGUUAGGCGACAAGGAGAAUGAAAACGAAAAUGGCACUGACAAGGAGGACCACAUGGAGAGCUCAGCACCUCUGCUUUCCAGUGACAUUCUCACAGCCGUCACGAACGCCGAUGUCAUAGUCACGCAGGUGCAGUGAGGCAGCGCCUGCACAAGGCGCUCCGCCACUGUUCUGUGUCACUGGCUAAACCAGCCACAUCGUACACCUGUGAACCGGACUGACUGUGUGGUCAUGCCAUGGAGGGGCUGGAGUUGGGCUGUGUUGGGGAUGAGCAUCAGCGCACAGGGCUUCACAUGCACAUUGAGACGGUUCACGCUCGCGCUGUUGUAGGAAUGUGCAUACUGGCACAAUCGGGUAUCUGUGCCAAUGCUUGGGCCAAUAGAAAUCUGUGGAAGCACUCAAUUAGUUGCACACUUUGUUCAUUCAAGUACUUUUGUUUAUUCCACAUCCAUAAGUACUUGAUGAGGAAUUGGCCAAACAUUCCAAGGUAGACCCCUCCUGCUGCUCUUGAGGCUCGGCAGCUUGGUGAGGCUUUCCUGGGUGAUUAAAGGACUUAUUAUUUAAUAAACUACAGUAGUUUGGAUCGUCACACAAAGACAUGCUCAGCCAUUGUCCUCUUUGUCGAGAGAGGCCUACUGUGGUUUGAUCGAAACUUUAAUUAUAUGCUUCCGUAGAUCUCUAUUGGUCUUGGCAAAUGAAUCGUGUGCUAAUGUUAUGGGAACGUUUUAAGACCUCAAAUCGCUCCUAAAAUCGUCUUUUAAUUUGUAAAAAAUACUUUUUUUUUAUGAAAACAUGACGUAUGCUCAACUUUGUAUGUUUUAUUUGUUACUUGCUAUUCACGAUGUUUGAACAUUUUUAUAUGAACGUUUUCUUUAGUAAACAACGAGCAAGCAAUGACUGCUUUUGAAUAUCUUGCUGGAACGUGUUUGAAAUGUCACGUCUCGUAAUUCAGGUCUGUAGGAACCGCUUGAUGUAUGUGGAAGUGAAAAAGCUUGGGACAAUGUUUUAUUGUGGUGUUGUAGGCAUUAACCCAUAAUCAGUGGUUACACGUGACUGAAACGAAAGCGUAAAUUAAAUGUAACAUUUAAAUGAGUACUCAAUAAUGUGUAAUGUCGAUGAAUAAAUCUUCUUUCGUCAAGAGUAUUGGAUCAUUGUGCUCCUGCUACAAGGAAUUAAUUUCCACCACUUAGCCACCAAUGUUGAGGAGCACCAUCCAUUACUCAUUUUAAAGAGGACACGUUUUAGCUUUUGAUAGGACAAUUUGGUAUUGAAUUCCAUUGCAUUUUUAAUUAUUUUAUAUACCUCACAGUUUACAUCGCACGCAGUGUUGUAAAUAUUGUACGAAACCCAUUUUUUUAUAUAAAGUUGUAUUUUGUGCCUCCAAAGUCAAGCUAACAGUUGUGUAAAAAAAUAAUCCUUAGUUGAUGAUAAUUCCAGCACUUCCACAUAUAUCAGAAACCUUAAUGUUAAACACAGUCAUAACAAAGCAAUUUCACCUUGUCAUUACAUUUAGUAUAUACAUGCAGAUCUGUGAAUAUUACCAUGUUGACAUGAUUUAUAUUACACGUAGAAUAUUGAAAAUAAUGCCGUUCCCUUAGUUUUCCCAUUCGUGAUACAUUUGUACAUUGGUAUAAAUAUGUUUUAAUGCUCAACUCUGCUUCACCCAUUUCACUUGGUUGGCAGAUUUGCCAAACCUGCAACUGUUGUUAAAAAUAGGUGAAAUUUUCCACAGCUAAGUGCUUUUGUGACUUGAUUUUACUUGGGUGAAGGCUUUGAAAUGGUGUUUAAUUCAUUUAAAUCAAACACAUGUUCAACACUUAUUGGACAUGAGAUAGAAACAUGUUUGUGAAGGUUUGUGAUACAAUUAUUAAUAUUAAAUGUAGCCUAAUUGGUUUUCAUAUGGAUAUUACACUUGCCAUUUUUACUUUUACAAAUUCAGCACAAUACUUUGUAACCUAGACAGUUUUAUAAAGCAGUAUUUUUUUACAAAUCAUUUGCAAUAUUUGGUUUUACGACUAUGGCACAUUCUCUUUUGUAACGUGUCACAUCCAUAUCUACAUUGUGCUUGUUGAUAUUGCACUCACAUUAGGUAAUCUGAUCAUCAUUUGUGGCUGUAAAUAAAUUGUCCAUUUGAUACA